GGAUAAUGAAUCCAAAGUGCAAUUUAGUAAAUCUCUUAUUAUGGCAUCGAAUUUCGUUGUAGAUAUAACGAUAUGAAAUACAUUUAAGCGUGCUCUCUCCCACUUCCAUUCCUUCUAAUAAGUGCAUUGCUUAUAUAUUCUAAUUACUGUAAUGAACUCGAUUAUUGCAAUGGAAAAAGCGAAAGGUAUAGACGGCGAUGCUGAUAAAUUCACAUCAUACAUCUCAUCUUUUCAACCCAUUACACAGUAUGGGAAAAAUAUUGGCAAAAUACAUCUCGACUUGUCUAAGCGUCUCAAAUGGCACGGAGAGGUCAUCAAGUGUAUCUCAUGGUACAUGCAUACCUAUGAUCAAUAUCAAGUUCCACCCAGGAUUCGAAAAAUCAAUAAGAGCUCAACAGUAUCUGAUGUUGCAAACUUCCUUCUUUCUAACUCUACAUGUGAUAGAAAGUCAUGGGUUGUAGGUUAUGUGAGAAAACGGUGCCAUCGUUUAAUGAAAGAACUAGUGAUGACCUGGCAUGCUGAAGGAUUUAUAACAAAGACCCAAGAUACUUUCCAUAAGUCAUCUUUGUUUAAAUAUUGCUGGCAGCGAGCACAGGAGGAGUGCUACAUUGAAUCAGCAGAGGGGAACGCUAAAUUGGAACAAAUAGAAGACCAUCUUACAAGGAGAAAUUCCCAGACUCCCGACUCUAUAGACGGCAUCAAAAAGAAGUCUAGGCACGAAAUUACAGUUGCUGAUACUAUCAUGGUCGAUACAUCUGAUCGUCAAGAUGUGGGAGAGGACUGGAUUUGCGUAGAUCAACGUGUCUCACCAGACACUCAAGCAAACCAUGUUAAUCUUCGAAUCGUACCAGAUCUAGUGGCUGGGCAAAGAACAAUUCUCUUGACUCCCAGUGGCGAAGAUGAUCCGACUAUCAAUGAUUCAACUCUCGAUGACGAGCUACUGUACACUCAAUCCCAUAACGAUAAUUCCUCAAAAGAUGAAGCUCCUCUUCCUUCAAAUGCAACGAUCAUGCCGGAAGAGUUCGAGACACCCAUAAUUUACCCCGCAUUGCCUCAAACGCCACCUUCACAAAUGACUCUGGAUCCGGAGAACGAUUCAUCACUUCGUACCUCUCCAAAACUUGCCCUGGAAAACAAAGCAUCGACAUCGCCUAAAAAAUCUCAUAAGAUUCCAGUGACCAUUGAGGUAGAGCGGAAGCUCACUUUAUCCCUCCAAGAAGAAGCGAUCAAUACAAUGUUACAACGUUUCCGAUCCAUUGCCACCAUCCUAUCUCUGGAACGUGAUAUGUGGGUUAUGAUGCCUGCUCAGCCAUUGCUUGAUGAUUGCAACUUUAAUAUAUGGUACAGUCAAAGAUUUGGAUUCAACAACCCUCAAAGGUUAAGAUUUCACUUCAUGGACUCUUUUUUGAAUCCCUCCUCCGUGCCAGUGGACAUAGGUGUAUCUGAUGGAGAAUCUACUAGAUUGAAGCAAGAUACUUUCUUUGACUUUCUUAAGACUUAUAAUUAUUGCAAUGGAAAUCUUCAGAAAUACAGAAUACUCGUCGUUCCUGAAAAUUUGGUUGGUCUCGCCAACUCCCGACGAAGCUACCCUUUCUCAAACAAGGAAGCGUUAUUCGAAUUCUACCAGGAAGAUGAGAGAGAAUUGUUCUCUUCCUCGGAUGCUGGGUCAUUAAAUACGAAGUCACAAAGUCAAAUUCGAUCUUACAGAAAGGAGCAACAGCUCAAGUCUAAAGCGAGAUCUACCAAACCACUUUUGGUUGAACCACUGUCUCAUUCAUCAAGAUCCAUACCCUCUGAAGCUAUAGAGCGGGGUAUUCGACUUCCGCCUCUUCAACCACCGAUUGAAUUCCCACCCAGUAAACUUCCCCCACUUGGUCAAAUAGAUACUGGCAAUUCUCUCAGCCGCUACCAGCUUCCCGGUGAUCCGGUCAUUGUUGUUCGUGUUCAGAAGAUAGACGGCAGAUUCAGUGUGCCUUUACAUAAUGCUCCUUUUGGGCCGAAUGUCAAGAUUCAAGAGUUCUUUACCUGGUUUGUUCGCUUUGCAAGCCAUCCAUCAGCUGUUAGCCCAAAACUGUUGCAAAUAUGGCUUAGAGAUGCUAUACCAGCCGUUCAAUAUGAGAUUCAACAAGGAGACGAGCAAAGAUUCACGCACAUAAAGCGCAAUAUUCUCCCUCAAUGUCGUCGCACAGUGGCAAUGAUGUCGCCAAUCAGUGAAUUUGUCAUUUUGAUUCGGGCACCAAAUUGGAACGUUGCUGUUACUUAGGCUCUAUUUCUUAUUUUGGAAUUUGUCUUCGUUUGAGUUUUUGAAAAGGGUGGGGGGAUUGUUUUCUACAUUCUUCUUGUUAGUUUUGGUUGAUGAUAUCUUAUGUCUUAAAUUGUAUUUUUCAAAAAGUGACGAAUCUUAAUUCGGUACCCAUAACUUCUUCAUGAUGACUCAACUGAAAUACCUACUCGCCCCUUCAUAAUCAUUAUAAAGAUCUUCCAUAAUAUCU